AUGGUCAGUUUAUACUGCAAGACCUUCCCAUUCAAGUUACAAACCACUGUAAAUGUUUUCCCUUCGUCACCGCUGUCGCUGUCGCUGCCAACUCCAGCAUCGCAAUUGCUCCCACAACCACCCUCACUGUUGCCAACUCCAACAUCACAAUUGCUCCCACAACCCUGCUCACCACCGCCUCUCCCAUUAGCAGACUUGGGUACUGAGGUUACAUCUAAAAUUGAGGCAUUUAUGUUGCACAAGAUGGAUGAUGAUGAUGAGUUGCUUUGGAGGGCAUCAUUGGUUCCAAGGAUUAGAAAGUUUCCUUUUAACCAUGUGCCUAGAGUUGCCUUCAUGUUCUUGACAAAGGGACCUAUACCCUUGGCCCCAUUGUGGGAAAUGUUCUUCAAAGGUCAUGAAGGACUUUAUACCAUAUAUGUUCACACUCAUCCUUCCUAUGUAGAUUCAUGGCCUCAGAACUCUGUUUUCUAUGGAAGGAGAAUUCCAAGCAAGGAAGUUGGAUGGGGAAAAUCAACAAUGAUUGAUGGUGAGAGACGCCUACUAGCAAGUGCUCUCUUGGACUUCUCUAAUGAGAGAUUUGUGUUACUGUCCGAGUCUUGUAUCCCAUUGUUCAACUUCACCACAAUUUACAGCUACCUCAUGAAUUCCAGUGAGAGCAAUAUUGGUUCAUAUGACGACCCGAGGAAGGUUGGUCGGGGCAGAUACAAUCCCAAAAUGUGGCCUGCAAUUAACAUAUCGGAUUGGCGCAAAGGCUCCCAGUGGUUUGAGGCCAGUCGAAAGCUUGCAAUUGAGAUCAUAUCAGACACCAAAUACUACCCCAUAUUCAAAGAGCAUUGCAAUCCUCCUUGUUACAUGGAUGAACAUUACAUCCCUACCCUAGUCAACAUUCUUGGCGUCGAAGACAACUCGAAUCGAAGCAUAACUUGGGUUGAUUGGUCCAAGAGUGGCCCUCACCCUGGAAGAUUUAGGAGGAAUGAUGUUUCAUAUGAGUUUUUGAAUCAAAUAAGGUUUGGCACCAAUUGCACUUGUAAUGGUAUUAAUGCAACCACUUGUAUGUGCUUUUUAUUUGCUAGGAAGUUCAUGGGAGACACUCUGCGACCUCUCUUGCAAAUUGCACCCAUUUUGCUAGGCUCCGUUUCAUAA